CACCUCUUGCUCACUUUUGAUUGGUUAUUCGAAAUGAGAAGGAUAUUUGCUUAAUUUUCUCAAAUAAGAUCUCACAGUAUCCCACUAUUAUUUUUACUAACUUUGUAUAAAUUAGUUAACCAAAAGAAAAAAAAAUACUAAUUCAAUUAAUAAAAAAAAGCAUACAACAUAAUUAAAGCAUAGACAUUUAUUAUGGCUUAUAGACGUUUAAGUAUGUCACCAGGUGAAGCAUUACACACUGAGAUACCAGAGGCAAGACGCAUGGAAAACUAUCGUUCUGGCAAUUGUUUAUUAGAUUUUUUCGAUCGAAAUACUAAACGAUUUCGUAAUUUUACUGCUUCACAAUUUGGUGAUGUUUGGAAUUAUUUUGAUCAAGAUGGUAAUGGAUUUAUUGAUGGCGUAGAACUUGAAAUGUUCAUGAGUAAACUGGUUGAAUGUAUCAUUCCAAAAGACGCUAGAAAUCAGUUAACGGAAGAAGAUGGUCGAGAAUUGAUCAACGAAUUACUAAGCGUUAUCGAUACGAACAAUGACAAUCGAAUCGACAUCAGAGAAUUAGCUCAACUGCUUCCAACUGAUGAGGAGUUUCUUAUACUUUUUCAGCGUGAAAAUAAACUCAACUCAAGUGUUGAUUUCAUGAGAGUUUGGAGAGAAUUUGAUAAAGACCACAGUGGCUUCAUCGAAGCGGAUGAAUUGAAGGACUUCCUCACAGAACUUUUAUCUACUGGGACAACUCAGAAAGAUGAGAAAUUCGAUGAAAAAAUUAUUGAAUACACUGAUACAAUUUUGAAACUGUUCGAUCUUAAUCAAGAUGGAAAGUUACAAUUGAGUGAAAUGUCCCGCCUAAUUCCAGUUGAAGAAAACUUUCUAUGUCGGCCGAUAUUUAGACAUGGCGGAAGACUAACAGCAGCUGAUGUAGAUCGUGUAUUCGCCUUGUAUGACACUGAUAAGAAUGGAGCUAUUGAAGAUUUGGAGUUAUACGGAUUUUUAAAAGAUCUUCUUGAACUUGUUGAAGAAGAUUUUGAUGAAUCUGAUCUGGACUACACUCGAUCUAUGAUUCUCCAAAACUGGGACUUCAAUAAUGACGGGAAAAUCAGCCUAGAAGAAAUGCGAAUGUUACUCCUAGCUUACAGUUCAAAUGAUUCAAGAAGAAUAAAUAAUGGAAAUAGUGGUAAAAAGUCAGUGAAUAAGCUGAAUUCAAGAAGUUCUAUAGUGGAUACAAGUGAUCGUCAGAAUUUUCCUAAAGCUACUUCGUCUAAAAAGAAAUAAAUUGAUGAAUGAAAUGCCAACAGUAAUUGGUGGAGUUCGAUUCUUAUUUUCUGAUUUGACAUUUUCUCCUCAUUGAAUAAAUAUAUUUCAUUUGUUGAAAACUAUGUAAGAACUUAUUAAAUAAUAAGCAUUUAGCUGAUUAUGUAACUUUCGUUUUGGUCAGUAAACUAAGAUACAUGUACUUCUUUGCAAACUGUUUUGUGAGACUGUUUUUUAAAAAACGUUAGCAAACUACUGAAUAACAUUUUAAGUAGUUCGACUAUUCGAGCAGAAAUACAUGAGUAGAUCAAAAAAUAAUUGCUAUUCUACAAAUGAACGUCAUGCAAUUAGCACAUAUUUCAAGAAUUAGUUAGAGCAUUUGCAUGUGAAAUGCUGAUUUUAUAGUAGCUCCUAUGACAAAACUCAAGAAGAAUAAAAGUAAUAUGCCUUAUUUGUGAUGCAUUUUAACGCUCCAAAAAACGAAUCUAAUUCUACACAUUGAUUUGCUUAUUUGUCAAAAAUAGAAUUAAUCUUAAAGAAUAUUUCUUAAGAAAAUUAUAGUGUACACGAAACAG